AAAUUGUGGCAUAAUUCAUCGUACAAACCUAUCGAUAUUCUUCUGCCCUGACGUUUUCUAGCACUGAAAAGCGUUUCAUAGCGCUUGCCCACACUGGCUCGCAAAUCAUCCAUUCUUGUAUUAUUAUGGCCAAUUGCUUUAUUCGCUGACCAAAUAAUUCGUUCAAGCCGCAGCCAUAGCUAUUUCGCGAGGACUUGCAGAUAGUGCUAUAUCUAAAUACCGAUUCCGUGCAGUGGGAUCGCCGCACAGGAAGCGAAAGCGCCGAAAACGAGGCAUUUUCCCCUCCGAUUUGUCCCCUUUUCGGGCGAGAGACGCCGACCAUCGAAACAUUUUCCUGCGGUAGCAUAAGGUUACACAGUCCGCCACAGCAAUGAAAUGGGCCCUACUGAACCGAGACCUCUGAGCAAUUAAAUCCUGAGCAAUAGAAAGAAACAAUAACCGAGAGGGGAACUGGGAUCUUGUUGCUUAAGACUCGGGUCAUAGGUCAGUGCGAAGAGGUGGCUGAGGCGACGGUGCAGAGUGCGCACCAGGCGACGACCGGCGACGAUACAAUGCCAUCGGCCAUUAGUGGCGCGGCCCACGGCCAGGUGCACAUACCCAGCAAUGAGGAGUGCGGCAUACGGGACGUGUGGAAGCAUAACCUGGAGGAGGAGUUCCGCACCAUACGGAAAGUGGUACAAAAAUACCAUUAUGUGGCCAUGGACACUGAAUUCCCGGGAGUAGUGGCGCGUCCAGUCGGAGAGUUUCGCUCCACGGCGGACUAUCACUAUCAACUGCUGCGCUGCAAUGUGGAUCUAUUGCGAAUCAUUCAGCUUGGCCUGACCUUCAUGGACGACGAGGGCAAAACGCCACCGGGCUACUCAACAUGGCAGUUCAACUUUAAGUUCAAUCUAAGCGAGGACAUGUAUGCCCAGGACUCCAUCGAUCUGUUGCAGAAUUCGGGCAUUCAGUUUAAAAAACACGAAGAAGACGGCAUCGAUCCAAUUGAGUUCGCCGAACUGCUGAUGAGCUCCGGCAUCGUACUGGUGGACAAUAUCAAGUGGCUGUGCUUCCAUUCCGGCUACGAUUUUGGCUACCUUUUGAAGCUCCUCACCGACCAGAACCUGCCCGCCGACGAAGGAGACUUUUUCGAACUGCUGCAUAUCUAUUUCCCCAACAUAUUCGACAUUAAGUAUCUGAUGAAGUCGUGCAAGAAUCUGAAGGGCGGCCUGCAGGAGGUGGCCGACCAGCUGGAGCUGCGUCGUGUUGGCCCCCAGCAUCAGGCCGGUUCCGAUGCCCUACUAACGGGCAUGGCUUUCUUCAAAAUGCGUGAGAUGUUCUUCGAGGACAAUAUCGACCAUGCCAAAUACUCCGGACAUCUGUACGGCCUCGGCACCUCGUUCAUUGUGAACGGUACCAACUUCCAUGAGAGCAACGGGGAGACGAACAGCGCUUCAUGAUUCGUGCUGAUGGGCAACGUGGUUGUGCACGACAAGAAGUUCGAGCAAGAGCAGUGCAGUGCAGUGGAUUUGGCUUCGGCUUCCAUUUCCGUAUCCGUAUCCGUAUCGGCAUUAGUGCAGGCGGCCAGCUCAGCACCAGCUCAAGGCCAUCAAAAUCAAAACCAAAACCAUCUUACUGGAACUGCUGCAACUACCACGUUAUCGCAAUAAUCGCCAAAUGAUCAGAUUUAUUCAAAGUUUCGAGUUUGCCACGGAAACCGCAGUUUUCUUUAUUAUUAUUAUUUUUUUUUACCCGUUUAUAUAAAUGUAUCUUCUCCGGUUAGCCGCCCGAGGAGCUCCUCUUCCGAUGUUCGCCAGCAAGUCCCAAACAUGGCUAAACCAAUUGUAAAUCGCAAAAAAAAAAAAAAAUAUGAGAGAACCUUGUAAACCCAAAAUAGAUCCAAUUUCAAUAUCUGCAUGUCUUAAAUGUGUUACGAAUACAAAACUAAGGUAACUAAGCUAAUAUUGUAAGCCGAAUGGCAAAAUAGAAUAUUGUGUACUUGUACAAAAAAAGAAAAACCAACAAAAACAAAACAAUAUAUUUAAAACUUUUUAGUCUACAAUGCAAAUCUUUCUCUAAUAGAUUAAAUGCUAUUUUAUUUAUGGA